UUUGGCUCAAGGCAUCUCUAAACGAUGGGGCUGUGGCGAGCUUGAUGCCGUUGGGCGAAGGCAUGGCCAGGACAGCGAUUUGCCGACCGGUGCAUGGUGGCUACCCACAACCCACGCGUUGGUCGAGCUGGCCAUGGGCCACCGAUAUGCCCAGCAUAGACACUUGUUUCGGAGGAGACACCUGUGAGCAUGACAGAAUGCAGGACAUGUUCGCCGCGAAGCGGAUUUGGACCGGAAACGAUGUCCCUCCGGCAAAGAAGCAGUGCAUUGCCAACAUUGCCAAGGUUGUGUUGCCGUCGAGAAAGAGACCUUGGGAGCCGUGUCUAUAAGGAGCUGCGUCACCGCUGUGAUGCAGCGGGCGUCACAAGGGCUGUUCCGCGCAGCUUCUGAUCUCGGCAAAAUAUGUCUUGCGCAGCAUGGCAGGCUUGGAACUUGCCACGACUAUCUGGCAUGUUGCACUACUGAC